CAUUUCGUGGUGGGAAUGUGCAUUAACAAAAUGACAAAAUGCCAUAUCCUAGCAACGGCGUCUUCAACAGCCUUUGGAGGAGGCUACCGGAAGUCCGGCCUAGAGCAAGAGGGAAGUUGUUUUACCCUCAACGGCUACUCCAUCAGGAUAAUGUCGGGAGCCCUGCAUUACUUUCGAGUCCAUCCCGACCAGUGGUCCGACCGCCUGGCAAAGCUUCGCGCUGCUGGACUCAACUGUGUCGAAACAUACGUUCCCUGGAAUCUACACGAGCCCCGGCAAGGUCAUUUUGACUUUGGAGAUACGGAAGACCUCAUGUCUCCUUUUCUAGACCUGCCGGCAUUCCUGAGGGAGGCCCAGAAGCAGGACCUAUUGGUUAUUGUACGCCCUGGACCCUACAUCUGCGCCGAGUGGGACUUCGGGGGACUGCCCAGCGCACGCCUCUCCCUUCGUCAGGUGGAGAACGAGUACGGCUCCUUCGGCUACAGCGACCUCCCGCGGGACACCAAUUACCUGAACUCGAUUUACCAGGUCAUGACCUCAGUCAUACCCUCCAGCGAGGUCCUCUAUUUCACUUCCGAUACCCCUACGUACAGGAGUGACCUCGGAGCUAUCAAAGGAGUGCUCCAGACGGCGAAUGCGCAGACGUCGGUGCUGGAGGAGUUCAAAGAGCUUGAUCGCCUGCAGCCCAACAGCCCGCUUAUGGUGACGGAGUUCUGGUCCGGCUGGUUCGACCACUGGAUGGAACCACACAGGAACCGCUGGCCUGAAAAAGAGUUCUCCCGCGCCCUCGAGGAAAUCCUACAGAGAGGCGCGUCUUUCAACUUCUACAUGUUCUGCGGCGGCACCAACUUCGGCUUCCUCGCGGGCGCCAACGUGCAGAGGGAGUGGCCUUUCUACGCGCCGGAUGUCACCAGUUACGAUUAUGACUGUCUCCUGACGGAAAACGGAGACUAUACUCCAAAGUACAUGAUCACAAAACAGUUGAUCAGCCAAUAUCAGACCCUGUGUACUCCUGCUCCGCCUGAGAAGUCCCCAAGAGUCUCAUAUGACGACAUAGUUUUGAAUAAAAUAUUAAACCUGAACGAACUUAUAGGACAGCUACCACACGUGAAGAGUCCAAACGUAAUGGCUAUGGAAGACCUCCCUAUCAAUGAUGGCAACGGGCAGUCCUACGGAUACACACUGUACCGCACACGUAUCACUGUACCCAAAGGAGGAGCCACAGUAACCAUCAGCGGACACGUGAGGGACCUUGCUCUUCUUCUCGUCGACCUGAAACUUGUGUCACCUUGCAUCAACGAGCCACGUGAUCUGGACGGCUUUGGUACAUGGGUGAAAAGAAACUCUACCUUUGAGCUCUCGAGUGAGUACAGUGGCAUACAUACACUAGACAUUUUGGUGGAAAACAUGGGUCGUGUCAACUUUGGCAAGCCUCAUGACUUCACAAUGAAAAAGGGACUUAGCGAGGGCCCAGUCUUACUCGGCAAUGAAGAACUCCAGGACUGGCUCAUCUACCCGAUAGAAUUCAAGAGUGGAGACAUAGACAGAUUGUUGGGCUGGAGGUCCUACGCUGAUGAAGAAGUGGUAGGCCCAGCGUUGCUUCAGGGGGACUUGGAGAUUCAAGAUGAGCCUGAGGACACCUUCCUGGACGCAUGCGGGUGGGGAAAGGGCGCUGUGUUCGUCAACGGCUUCAAUCUGGGCAGGUUCUGGACGGCUGGCCCACAGAAAACCCUGUAUGUCCCUCGACCUCUUCUUGUGAAAGGUCUCAAUAAGAUAACAGUGUGGUCGCAGUACGGAGGCCAGGGAGUGGUCAAAUCCAAGGACAGCCAUGACCUGGGUGCCGAGAACCCUACAGGUGUAACCCCGGGCAGUGGCGGCCCUCUCAUCAAUAUUUGCAGAACCCAUGAAUAGUCGAUUCUCAAGUAGCCUUGCGUGCAUCUUUUCUAAACUUGCAUAUCAGAGUAGAUGUAGGUGAAUACUUGAAUUCCAUCCAUUAAGUUUCUGUUGUUAGAGUUGCAUUACAUUCCUCACACACACACACACACACACACACACACACACACACACACACACACACACACACACACACACACACACACACACACACACACACAAACACACACACACAUAUAUAUAUAUAUAUAUAUGUAUAUAUAUACAUGUCUCUGUGAUAUAAAAUGUAUUGCUUAUAGAAACGAAGAUAUACCAGUGAAAAUUUUGCCUCAGUCGAUUAGAAUCAACACAAUGACGAGGAUAAGAUGAUGUGAUCAACCAGCGCCAGAGAUACCUACCGGGCAGAAAGGAACGAUCCUCGAGACUUGUUGACAAUCUUCUUGAGGGUUUGAAUCAGUUCCAAGCAGCUAUCAUUUAAAGAAGUUUCUAAGCCUACAUGCUAGUUUAAUCUCGUAAUGCUGUAUAUAAAUAGGAUAUAGCAUACCAGGGGUUUUGUGGACUGUAACGAGGGUAACAGCAUAUCGCUUGGUUGUUGCAGUAACAGUAACGAGGUUGUCUGGUACUGUUUGUGUGUUUUGUGGUCAGUCUUGUUUCUACUAAUUGCAAUAGGUUUUAUGAUCACUAUUUACAAAUAUGAUUAAUAAUUCUUAUUUACAAAUAGGAAUUGUAAAUAAGAAAGGGAAGCUUAUUUAGACAAUCAACAAAUACAUGUAAAUGGUAAGUAAGACAGAGGUUACAUCAAAUAAUCAAAACUUAUAUGAAAUGUACAGAAGAGAAGUUACAUCAGACAAAAUGAUAAACAAAAAACAUUGUAUAAGAAAGACGUUUCAUUAGACAAUCCCUAAACCAAGAAAAUUGUCUAAUGAUAACUUCUUUAUUUUUAUCUUUAUUGCUGACGGAAACUAAAAGUCAUAUUUAACUAUUCCCCGAGCUAGUAGCCACAUUUCUUGCUUAGAGCCCUGCCAAACUAACAAAAUGUGUAAGUUUCUGAAUAGCAUUGUGCAAAACGAACAGUUAUGUGAAAGUUUCAGCAUACAUAGUGUAGUAGUAUUGAAUUAAAACUCUCAUUAUGUCAAGUUUCAGUUUACCUAUGCAGUGGUGCUAAACUAACACUUAUCUGAGAUUCGGUAUAACAGUGCCAAAGUAAAGCAUAGCAUGUGAACGUUACAAAAUAACAAUACAGUGGUGCUAAAGUAAUGAUAAGGUUUAUUUACAAAUUUUGUACUUUUGAGCAAUAUUCUCUUGUUAAUAGAUGUUCUUUUUAUAAGUUUAAUGAAUACAUGGAAGCUC